AUGACAAUGCACAUUGUUGGACCACGUUUAUGUUCAUAUAAAAAAAAUGCUGAUACUUUAUUAGUUGGUAACGCUUCAAUAAUAUCAAUAUACAAGAGAUAUAUUACUGAAAAUUUUAACAGUAAAGUUAAUAAUGAAUGGAAUUUACAUCAACAAGUACCUGUUUUUGUGGAACGUGGUUAUAAUAUUCAUGGUAUUUUUGAAAUAGAUAAAAAGUAUUUAAUCGUUUAUGGUGAAAAAGCUAUAGCUAUUUUAAAGGAUUAUAAAGUGUUAAAAAUUCGAUAUUAUAGAGAUUGGAUUUUAAGUGCUUUUUGUGUAAGAAAUUUAGAAGUUAUUUUACAUUUUUCAACAAAUUCAAUUACAAUACUGAAUAUUAUUGAAGAAGAUAUUGUUACUUUUAAGACAAAAUAUUCUGCUUCUUUAGAUUUUUCAACUGUUGCCUUAUGUUCACUUUUUAUUUCUUCAAAAAAAGAUGAAUGUCAUUUGUUUGUUGGUACAUGCUUUGGACAAAUAUUAAUGUUUGAACCAUUAAAGUCUUUAAAUGUUGUUGGAAGAUUUGAAGGACAUCAUGGAAUGGUUUUUGCUAUUAAUUUUGUAAAUGAUAAAUUAUAUUCUAUUGGUGAUGAUAGAUCUUUUCGAUGUUGGAAUACUAAUAACCAAAAUGAAAUAUCUUGUUCAUACGGGCAUGAAUUUCGCCCUUUCUCUAUAGCAUAUUGUGAGGCGUUUGAUUAUCAUCUAACAGCUGGUGGUGAUGAAAUGGUAUGUAUUUGGAAGUGGUAUAAUAAUGAAACAAAGCCAAAAUUAGUUCAGAAAUUAUCUAUUAAAGGAACUUAUUAUGGUGAAUUAAUUAGAUUACAAUUAAAUGAAAGUAUAUUAAAAGGUCCAAGUGAAGAAAUAGAAUUUGAAGAUGAUAAAUUAAAGAUUCGUGGUUUUAAUAGUUUAUGUAAUAAAAAUGAAUUUGUUAUUAUUUCAUCAAAUGGGGAAGUAUCAUUAUAUAAUCAUUUAACAAAAUUUUCUGAAAUUUUAUUAAUUGAUAAAGAUAUUAGAUCUGAUUCUUUAGUAAUUUCUGGUUCAAAAAAAGUAGUAACAGUUUGUACAAAAGAUUCCGUUUAUUUUAUUAAUAUAGCAAAAAAAAAUAUUUAUAAAGAAAAUUUUGGAAAAACAAUUAUGUCAACCAUCUGGAGUGACAAUUCAUUUUUUUUAUCAUUUGUUGAUGGUACUGUUAUUGUUUAUAACUUUUCUUUAAUACCAUGUAAACGUUAUAAUAUACAAAUGAAACCUCCAACUCAAAUAACAUCUGCUUUAAUAAUUCCUAAUACAUCAUAUAUUUUUAUUGGACAAAAGAAUGGUUGUUUUUUUUAUAUAAAUGGAAAUGAAGAUAAAAUAGUAUAUGAACCAAAAGAAAUUUUUAUAUAUGCACAUGAUAAAGAAGCAAUAUUAGAUAUAUAUGUAAAGGCAAAUAAUUUAACUUAUGUUAUUUAUACAAUUGGAAAAGACGGGUUAGUAAGAACAUGGUUUUUUAAUCCAUUAUUAAAAUCAAAAAAUGUUAUCCCUAGAACUGUUAUUGAUUCAAUGUUAGAAUGGCCAAAUUCUAUUUAUUUAUUUCAAAAUGAAUUAUAUGUUGGUGGUUUUCAUGCAAAAUACUUUCGAUUAUUUCAUUUAGAGACAGGUACAAAAAUAUGUGAAUUUGAAUGUGGUGGUGGUCAUAGAGCAUGGAAUGGUAGAUUCAUUGAAUCUGAUAUACCAUAUUUUGAUUUUUCUUUUAUUUCCAAAGGAAAAUUGAAUCGUGUAAAAUUAAAUUGUAAUUUUGUUUCAAUUCUUGAUAAUUAUCUUCAUACAUUACAAAUUACAACUAUAUGUGCUAUAUCACCAACACAUUAUUUAACUGGUUCUGUUGAUACGAAUAUUGUUUUGUCAGAAGUUUAUAAUCUUAAUAAUAAUUCUUUGAAAAAACAAAAAGUAUUGCAAAGAAUAAAUCAACAUAUAUCAACUGUUUAUGAUAUAAAGUGUAUUAAAGAGAUAAAUGAGGAAUCAACUACUAUUUAUGUUAUCUCAGUUGGUGGUAAAGGUGAAAUAUUAUUUUGGAAAUGUUGUACAGAUGAAGGUCCAACAUUUUUAUCACAUCUUCAUACAUUUAAAUUUGAUGAAGAUUUAAGAAUAUUAGGUUUGCAAGUAAUGGUUAAUGAAAAUAUUACAUCUGAUAUUAUUACAAUUCCCUUAAUAACAAUUCUUUCUGAUGGUUCCAUAAAACUUUUAGAAUGGAAUAUAAAGAAUAAAACUGUUGUUAUUAUUGAUAAUUAUAUAGAAGAUGUCAAUUGGAUGUAUAGUAAAUUAGAUAAAAUUAAUAAUAGUUCAUUUGCCUCAAUAGGUACAGAUGGUAAUUUAUAUAUAUUUGAAAUAGCAACAGAAAUGAAGAUUCAUAAAGUAAAAACUAUUUUUAUUGAACGUGCUGGUUUGUCAUCAUUGGCAGCUUAUAAUGCUUCUUUGAUAUGUGUUGGUAGUGAAUCUGGAACAUUACAUAUUAUAUAUCAGGGUUCCAAAGUAACUGAGAUACGUUAUCAUGCAAGUACAUUAACAGGAAUUACAGUAAUUGAUGCAAAUAAAUUAUAUCACAUUUUUUCUGUAUCUCUUGAUUGUAGGAUAGGUCAUUAUAUUUUUAAUUCUGGUUUUGGUAGUGUAGGUUUUGAAAAUGGAAAAGUGCUUUCAAUAUCUGAUCCUUCAAAUAUUAUUUUUAACAAGAAAACUCUUAUAUCUAUAGGAGCCGGCGUGGAACAUAUAAAUAUAGAUUAUUUUAUAAAGGAUUUUGUAAAAAAAUGA